AUGGAUCAACGCAGUCUCCGGGCCAACGUGGACCUGAUGAUUUUAGACUACCUGCUGGCCCUGUCCGUCAGUGGUAUGAUCUCGAUCAUCAACAGAGAAAAGACCCACGAGGAGGUGAACUGGCUGGUAGAGGCGGCGGAAAUGCACCGGAUUGAAUCCCCGCUGCCCUGGGACCUGGACAUCAAGCUAGACAUCUUCCGCCUGGUCAACCUUUUUCGCGCCUGGGAGCCCCCCAAAGAUCGUGCACUCGACAGCUUCGUCCCUCUGUCCGAAAUUGCAAUUCAAUUCAUGAACUUGUGCCAAUCGGCACCGGAGAAUGUGUCAUGGACACGCUGGUUUGACCUCGGAGCUCGCUUCAUGACCCACGCAAUCCUCGAAGAGAGCAUAUGCCUGCCAGACCCCCUGGAUAAACUGCGCAACUGGAGAGGCAGAAAUGAUCUGAUCGAUGCUCACUGGGAAGUCAGCCGCACGUUGUUUCUGCAGCACAUCCCACCCCCACAUGGUGCCGCCAACCCAGCGAGUCGAGAAGAACUCGAUGGGCUCUUCCCUCUUUCGGAGCUCGAAACCGAAUUUGCAAGCUUCGUGGAAGACUUCAUGGAUGUACUUGACCCACCACUCCUGCUCCAGCUAGAAAAAGGCCAGCUACAAGGCCUGACCCGGGAAGACACAAGGCGCAUCCGAGCUCACUGCACGAGUACGUUGUAA